UAUCGGAUCCAAAUAGCUAGCAAGCUAGCCGAAGGAGGCUAGUGUUUCUCCUUCUCGCAAAAUUAGGUCGCCAUUAAGCUGUUUCUCAGAUUAUUGAUACAACACACCACUGGUGUUCUCAUUAAAUCAGUGGAAUUGACUCUUCACACCCCAUACGCUGUGUUGUGCAGGAACGAAUGCGUUUCAAAAUAGCGAUAUUUACCGGCUCUGGCAGCAAACUGUGCCUGGCUAACGGUGGCUCUUAGCCUCGGGAGUACAGCUAGUUAAGUGGCUAGCUGGGCAACCAUUACUGAAGAGGCGGCUUUUGACCGCCGGCUGUGUCAAUCGCUAUAAUAGGAGGGAAACUGUGAUCAGUGGCAAAUGAGGAAACCACGUCAAAAAGGCCAGGUGGCUGCAGGAGGUAGAGGAGAUGUCAAGAAGUCCAAUGGAACCGUCAGUGGGCAUGUGGGUGUCCGCCAACGAUCUCCAUCCCCUUACAGCCUCAAAGCAUCUCCAAGCAGAGAAACUUUGACCUAUGCCCAGGCGCAGAAGGUGGUGGAGGUGGAACUGGAUGGUAGGCUUCACCGUAUUUCUGUUCUGGACCCCCUGGAGGUAAUUACUGAGGAUGAGAUGAUGGCACAGGACAUAAGUGAGUGUAACAGCAACAAGGAGAACAAUGAACAGUCAUCGCCACCUACCAGCAGUGCCCCAACAGUCCGCAAACCAGUCACCCCCCGAGCCCGCAGAAAAGACUCUAAAUGUCCCUCUAUCAAGUCACCUCCACCUUCAAAGAAUCACUGCCCUAAUUCCCAUCCUCAAACACCUGAAAAAUUACAUACAACACAGCAUCAUCACAUGACUCUUCCUGAGCCUAAGUUUCGGGUGCUAGAAGCCUUUUUGCCAGUCGAGGCACCUCCUCUGCCUACGGCAUAUUACCGCUACAUAGAACGCUCAGCUGAGGAACAGGAAGCUAUAGCAGAAUAUGAUAUGGAUGAAGAGGACGCAGCCUGGUUGGAGAUGCUCAAUGCAGGUCGGACAUCAGAAGGUUACUCGACUGUCUCACCGGACACCUUCGAGCUGCUGGUAGAUCGACUUGAGGAGGAAGCGUAUCAGGAAGCCCGAAGCCGGGCGCCCUCUCACAGCACUGUUGACGACGAUGCCUUCUGCUGUGUAUGCCUGGAUGAUGAGUGCCUCAACAGCAAUGUCAUCCUUUUCUGUGACUCCUGCAACUUGGCUGUGCACCAGGAGUGUUAUGGAGUGCCCUAUAUACCUGAGGGCCAGUGGCUGUGCCGCUGCUGUCUCCAGUCCCCUCAGAAACCUGUUGACUGUGUACUGUGUCCAAACCGUGGAGGCGCCUUUAAGCAAACAAGUGACGGCCGCUGGGCCCAUGUGGUUUGUGCCAUUUGGAUCCCUGAAGUCUGUUUUGCCAACACUGUGUUUUUGGAGCCUGUGGAAGGGGUCAAUAACAUUCCCCCAGCACGCUGGAAACUGACUUGUUACCUGUGCAAGCAGAAGGGCCGUGGCGCAUCUAUUCAGUGCCACAAGGCCAACUGUUACACUGCGUUUCAUGUCACGUGUGCUCAGCGUGCUGGCCUGUUUAUGAAGAUUGAUCCUGUGCGAGAGACGAAUGUCAAUGGGACCAUGUUCUCCGUUAAGAAGACCGCUUUCUGCGAGGCCCAUUCUCCACCAGGACAGGAAACUGUGUCAGAUGAGGAAAGUGAAGGAAGAGUAGUGGGCAGCAGAGGGAGGGCGAGUAGAGGACGGAGCGCCUACACAGUGGGUCCAACUACACCAAAAAAAGGCAGAAAAUCAGACGAUGAUAACAAAACACCUAAAAAGAAAGGGAAGAAGAGCUCAGACUCAGCUCAACAAACUGCUUCACCACAAGUAACGGUGCCCCAUAUACCCACAACCAGGCUGAAUGCCAUCUGCAAAGGAAUCAUCCUCCAGAGAAAAAACCAGUUCAUGCAAAGGCUGCAUAGCUACUGGUUACUGAAGCGUCAGUCAAGAAACGGUGUGCCACUGGUCCGGCGUUUGCACUCGACCAUCCAACCUCAAAAGACCACAGAACAGCCUGAGGUGGAUGAAAAGGUCUCCGCAGCAAGAGAGGCACUGAGGUAUUGGCAGAAGCUUCGGCAUGACCUCGAAAAAGCUAGGCUGCUGGUGGAGCUCAUCCGCAAGAGGGAGAAACUCAAACGAGAACAGGUCAAAGUUCAUCAAGCAUUUCUGGAAAUGCAGUUGACCCCAAUGUUGAUGCUGCUCAGCUCCACACUGGACCAACUACAGGAGAAGGACACAGCCAAGAUUUUUGCAGAGCCAGUCGACAUCAAGGAGGUCCCAGAUUACCUGGAGUUCAUUAACCAGCCUAUGGACUUUUCCACCAUGCGCUCUAAGCUGGAGAGUCAUGCUUACCGCUCAGUGGCUGACCUGGAGGCCGACUUCAACCUUAUGGUGUCCAACUGCCUCCUCUACAAUGCCAAGGAUACACUAUUUCAUCGGGCAGCACUACGUCUUCGAGACCUAGGGGGCGCUGUACUGCGCCAUGCACAGCGACAAGCCACCAACACCGGUCUGGACCUGGACACUGGCAUGCACCUCCCUGGGUCACCACAGAAAAGAGACUUUUACAGCUGCACCUGGGAUGAUGUUGACAGUGUGCUGGAUCCAGAGAACCGGCUCCAUAUGACUGUGGAGGAACAGCUCAAAGAGCUGUUGGAAAAGCUGGACUUUGUCACCUCCAUGCGAUGCAGUGGUGCUCGAACUCGACGUAUCCGCCUGCUUCGCCGCGAGAUCAACAGCAUCCGCUACAGGCAGGGCCAGCACCCACGGCACAGCCUUCUAAAUGGACACAUGAAAGAAGAAGAAGAAGACGAUGAGGAGGAGGAAGACGACGAAGAUGACAAGGACACCAAGGCAGAUAACGGCUUAUCUUUGGACAAAGAGGACCUCAAAUCCACUUCGCCACCAACACUGGAACCUACAGGGCCAGCUCCUCCUCCACGACGGGGGGACACACCACUGGAACCUCCCACCCUGCGGCCAAUCGUAGGGGAGCCCCAGUCCCCCAGCUGGCCCUGCAAGCGACUAAAGAUGGACAGUGACCUCUCAGACAGCGCCACAGAGAACAAUAUUUGCACUAAAACACAGAAGCAGUCGGUGUCAACACCUCCCAUUUUGCACAGUGAAGGGCAGGCAGUUGCUAACGGUCUGCCAGAGCCCGGCGUCCCCCCGCGACCCACCGUUGGGGGAGUCGGAAGAAGAACCUCAGUGUUAUUCAAGAAGGCGAAAAAUGGGGCAAAGCUGUUCAGAGACAGAGACAGUAGUUUAUUGAAUGGGAAGGGGCUGACAGACGACAGUACAAGCAACACGCCUUCAGCACCCAACUCCACAGCCAGCACCCCGUGCUCCACCCCUUUGUCCACUCCUUCCAAGACCCCACAGAAAAGCCCCGGACCCCCCACCCUCAAUGAACAGUGGACCCCCGGUCGAGACAUGUGCUCAGACGGUGAGCUAGAGAAGACGCCAAAUCAUACACUGGAAAGAGGUCUUACCAACGGCUUCAACAAGCACAAAGAUGGUGGGUCUGACUCUGACUACAGUCCUUGCCCUGUCCUCCACAAAGAAAUCAGCUCACCACCCAAACGAAGCCUCGGGAAACCAGCUCUUUCCAAAGUUUCCUUCAUGGAGAUAGUCAAUGGAGACUCGGAUUACACUGGGAACGGCAGCCAAACAUCAGAGGAUGAGACAGAACUGGACCCUCUAGAUCUGGUUUGGGCCAAAUGUCGAGGAUAUCCCUCCUAUCCUGCUCUGAUCAUCGACCCAGAGAUGCCCGAGGACGGACUGCUGCACAAUGGGGUUCCCAUCCCUGUCCCACCCAAAGACGUCCUCCAUCUGGGGGAGCAGAGACAAGAGGAGACCGACGGGAGGCUCUACCUGGUGCUUUUCUUUGACAACAAGCGAACAUGGUGAGUCUGAAAUUUGCUUUGUUUAGCUGUGAUUCAAUGCUUGUUUAAAUCAGAGCAUCAGACCCACUAACAUGGAGUAGAUUCAAUUAAAGGUCUAGUAUGUAAGAGCUGGUGACCUCUAUUAGUGAGACUACUGAUUCCAACAAACAGAGGAAUUCUCCAC